CUUAACAUUCUUCUCUUAAAAUUAUUCAACAAUAUGAAAAUAAUUAAUUCAUUGGCAAGCAUAGACCUUACCACGAUGUUUGAAGCUGGGAUUGUUACACUUCCUGAUAUAAGAGAAAGGCAGCUGUGGAAAUUGGAUCGCAGCGGCACAUUUUGGGAGCGGGAUGUUCCUUUAAUGGACGAAAAUCGUUUCAAAGAAAAUUUUCGACUCAAUAGAAAUGCUUUUCGGAGAAUUUGUGAAAAAGUUCGAGGCAUCGAAAAGGCGAACACUCAUAUGAGGCCAUGUAUUCCACUUCAUAAAAGAGUGGCUAUCUCACUAUUCGCAUUGGGAUCUGCAGCGGAGUACAGGACUGUUGCAAGUCUUUUCGGAGUAGGACGCAGUACUGUUGGCGAAAUUGUUUUGGAUUUUUGCCAAGCAGUAUGCGAAAAUCUAUCUGAUUGCAUUAAUUCAUAUCCUCCAAACCAACACGAAAUCAGAAAAGUUGUUGAUGGCUUCGCGCAAACUGGGUUUCCUCAAUGCUUUGGAGCUGUGGAUGGCUGCCACAUAGAAGUUCAACCACCAAAAGAUGAUAAGAGGCAAAUGCACGAUUUAAUGCAACUAACGCCUCUUUAUGCAGAUAAUCCUUGUUGUCUGUCUUCCCUAUAA